CCCCGCGCCCACAUCUACGUCAGAAGGAACUCAAGCUUAUUAUAAAGUAGGUUCUGAAGACGGAAGCAGGCCAGGGAAAUUUUUUAUAAACGUUGCGGACCUGAGCAGAAACCCCAAAUAUGAAAUCAUGAGUGUCUCUCUUCAUGAGGGUGAACCAGGUCAUCAUCUCCAGGAAUCUUUUAUAAAUACGCAAAAAAAUAUUCCUGCCUUCAGACGUUAUAUCGAAGACAGGAAAAAUUCGGACUCCCCCUCACGUUUUCCUUUGUACACUGCUUAUAUUGAGGGCUGGGCUUUAUAUAGCGAAUACUUGGGUCUAGAACUUGGCCUCUUCAAAGAUCCGUAUUUUCGGCUAGGUCGUCUAUCAGAGGAAAUAUGCCGAGCCUGCAGACUUGUUGUUGAUACCGGAAUACAUGCUUUUGGAUGGAGUCGUGAAAAGGGCGUUAACUACUUGCUGGAACACACGUCAUAUAAUAUAAAAAACAUUGAAAACGAAAUUGAUCGUUACAUAACGUGGCCUGGUGAGGUUUGUUCAUACAAGAUAGGAGAACUGAAGAUAAAAGAACUGAGGAAAAGAGCAGAGAAAGAACUUGGUAACAAGUUUUAUAUCAAAGAUUUUCAUGAUGUCAUCUUGAGAAACCAGGGUCCAUUAACUUUGUUAGAAAAACAAGUGAAUAUCUAUAUCCAACAAUAUCGGCAACAGUGAAAGGAAAGAUUGUUUAUCUAUUGGAAAGUUCCAGGAGAGAUCUGUGAGGCUUGAAUUUUAUGUAAACCGAAAUAAUGGUAAAAUAAUGUACACUACAGAGAGAUUGUAGCCCCUUAGUUACUGCUGAAAUUUACUUAGUGAAAUUUACUUUUAAACUUAUAUAUCCGUAACGUAUAAAAAUUUCUAUAACACUACAAAAUAAAGUUUUAUUGAUUUUUUUUGUUCUCAA